AUGGUGGCGAAUGGACUUAUACAAAAGCUACGGCCCAACAGCCAACAAGUUUCUCCACGCGCAACUAUUACGGCCUGCGGCUCUUCAUCACAGCAGAAAGAUUUGGUUUCAGGUCUGACCAGUGUUACGGAAUCUGAUGAUGAUUCGAGCGAGAGAGAUCGUAUAUGGUCGUCCGCCCACAGCAGUAGACUGACUGGCCUAGAAAAUAACUCAACCAGGAAAACAUCAGUCGAUUCUCGCUUUUCCAGCUCGCCUUCAGCGAAAGGAGGAAGUCCAAGAAGAAAGCUAAGCCGUCGGAGCCGUUGGACUAGAUCCAGCCCCGAGGGAGCAGGCUUAGGGACUAUCGAAGAGUCGACGGUAGACAAGCCAAAGCCAACUAUACUGACGGUAGAAAAAGCAGCAGCGGCUAAAAUAUACCUGGAGACCUACUUUAACGAGCUCUGCAGCGAGGCAUAUCGUCGCUCUCUCCGGCGCCAGCAGUUUCAUCAAGAGCUCUUUCGUAGUGCAUAUAUGAUGCCUGGCAAUAAUAGCCUUACCUACAAUACUUUCUAUUAUCGGGAGAGCUGUCGCCUGAGAGAUAUACGAAUUUUGAAGUCCAAAUGCACAAUUCAAGCCAAACAGCAAAAGACAAGUAUCUGUGCUUCGAAAUACGAGUUUCUCAAAGUAUUGGGCAAGGGUAGUUUUGGAGUUGUCAAGCUGGUACGUGAGAAAUUAGACUCGUCGUACUCUUACCCAAGUCGAGUUUUUGCAAUGAAAGUCAUACGAAAGUCGGACAUGCUUCGAAGCAGCCAGGAGGGACAUCUUCGCGCUGAGAGGGAUUUUCUUGUGUCUUAUGAAGGAUCUAGCUGGGUGGUGCCACUGGUUGCAAGCUUCGAUGACUUGUCGAAUCUAUAUCUCGUUAUGGAAUACAUGCCCGGCGGAGACUUCUUGGGCUUGUUGAUCCGCGAAAACAUACUACACGAAGCUGUGGCAUGUUUCUACAUUGCCGAGAUGAUAUUGGCCGUUGAGGAAGCCCAUCGUCUUGGAUUCAUUCACCGCGACAUCAAGCCUGAUAAUUUUCUAAUAUCCAGCUCCGGACAUCUCAAAAUUUCCGAUUUUGGGCUUGCGUUUGACGGGCAAUGGCCUCAUGACGCAUCAUAUUACAAUUACCAUAGAUACUCACUUCUGCGGAAAUUGAACCUCGAUGCUCAAGGAGAUGAAAAGGAUCAAGAAGACAAUAAAGGCAUCCAAGGGCGGGCCGAGAAAGCGCGUGUUCUGAUGGGUGAUAUUGAGCGGCAUGAUGAGCAGAGCUUAGGAAGCGAUCAAGACCUUGCUACUCUUUUGGAAUGGAGGCACAGGCGCGGCAACCGUACGAGGGCAAACUCUGUCGUUGGUACAAGCCAGUAUAUGGCCCCCGAGGUGAUCCAAGCACAAAAUUUUCAAACGUACUACGACGGGAGAUGGAGGAAGCCCACAAAACAAAACAUCCUAGCCCAUAAAGAAAAAUUUCGGUUUCCCGUGAGACCGUUCGUCAGCGAUAAAUGUAAAGACUUGAUCUACCGCUUGAUCCAAGACAAAGAAAUUCGGCUCUGCUCCAAACGAUACCAAAUGCUGGAUCAAAGUCAGCCGGAAAUAGGGAUACCGACGGACAGAUACGGCCGGUAUGUUUUUCCAGAUGAUGCUGAAGAUAUCAAAACACAUAGAUUCUUCAAGCCUAUUCCGUGGGAUACGAUACAGAAUGUUACACCGCCCUUCAUCCCUCAUAUCAAUAGCCUUGAGGACACUCACUAUUUUAAUGAAUCUGAGCCUCUUGACGAUCGAAUAGAGUCGGUAACAGAAAAGCCUGGGCUCACAGACGAAGAAGUUCGAUGGAUUCUACGAGGAUAUGAUAUGGCUGUACAAAAUGUGGCAAUUCGCCUGAUCAAUACGCCGCAUGAUUCUGGAGCUCUUCGCAGCAGGGACUUGGAAAUUGACUCGAUGAGUGCAUUUGAGGAUGAAGAGAAGGAGUUGCUGAAGAGAUUUGUGAGGGAAUAUGGGCGAAAGGUGCCCAAGCGACCAAGGGAUAUUAUUCUACGAGAUGAGCACAUGAAGGAUACGGCCAUGGCGGUGAGGAAACAGAGCGCCUUUAUGGGUUAUGCAUGGCAUAGCGUGAGGCGGAUGACCUACUAA